AUGUUUAUUUCGAAAUAUUUUGAAAUGAAGGUCGUUGGGGUUUUGAUGAGUGACGCGAAGGUGCGCAGCAUUGGGCUGGAUUAUCUUUUGAAUUCAAAGAGGGAUGCUGUUCAGUUCAAAAAGAUAGAUCCAUUAAUAAACAUAUCAGAACAAGGACAGUUCGACGCAGUCUUACACAAAAUACCUGAAUUCUUAAGGUGUGAUACCAGCACUCUAGGCAGACAAAUAGUGGAAAAUUUCACAAACUACGUAGAAACUAACCCUGAUAUAAUCUGCAUUGAUCCACCACAUUCCCUUAAGCGCUUGCUGACACGGUUUGAUCAGUUUCGUUUACUAAGAGCUAUUCUAGAUGCAUUAAACAUAAAUAACCGAAUAUUUGUUCCGAACUUCUGCAUCUUAUCGCAAAAUGAUCCAACCACAUUGCUUAAUGCUGAUAUUUCUUAUCCCAUAAUUUGCAAGUCAUUAAUGGCCCACGGAGAAGACAGUGUACACAAGAUGGCUGUGGUUUUCAACAACUCAGGUUUAGAUUCACUUACAUAUCCUGUAUUUGCUCAACAAUUUAUCAAACACACUGGAAAAGUAUUGAAAUUAUUUGUAAUUGGUGAUCACACCUGUGUAACUGAGGUUCCUUCUAUCAAAAAUCAUAAUAAAUCUAGUGAUAAGUCUCCAAUAUUUUUUCAUUCACAUAGUGUCUCAAAGGAAGGCUGUAAAUCACCAUUAUCUGAGCCAUGUUCACUUUCCGACAAACAAUCCGUGUGUACCUAUGAUGAUAAUGUGCUUUUCAAUCUAUUAGCAGCUGAAAUUCGUAAAACCUUGGAAAUAGAUCUGUUCGGUGUAGACCUCAUAUGUGAAGCUGAAAACUCAACACCUGAUCCGUUCACAAAACCAACCAGAUACGCUAUUAUCGAUAUCAAUAUCUUUCCAAGCUACAAGAAUGUUCAUGGAUUUAUCUUUCAUUUAGAAAACCUAAUCAGGAAGAAGCUCUCCUUACCUUUACUCUCUAUCAAUAUUAAUAACAAUAAUAAUAAUAAUGGCAGCAACGGCGUAGAGUGA